AUGUUUCUCGUGUACGUCCCGGUGAUCUUUGUGUCUCUGUACUUCUGUGCGAAAAGCGCACACCGCUGUCUUCCUACUCCUGCGCUCCGUGCUGUUUCGCGAGUUGUUAGCGAGGUCGUCAUCGCGGCGGCCUUCACAGCAGCACGGAUAUGCAGAUACGCUAUGGCGACACGGUCUGCAUACAUAUGGGAUACGCGAGGCCGCCUGGGCAACGGGGUUAUCGUGGGCGUACUCGAUACAUUGCUCCGGGUUGACGCAGAUCAGACGCGCGUGGACACCUCUUCCGGACACGCAUCGAUUGAAAUACUGCAAGCGGUUGCGACCGUGCGCCAGGGAGACUGCGACAUCACGAAUGUCCUGGGCGACAUGUGGGCCGACGGCGACGGCCUACGCAUGGAAGUUCCCAUCGAGGUGGCUCUCGAUGGCGUGCGUCGCGGAAACGAUUCUGAUUCUGCUGAAGACGUGGAAGUGACGGUGAGGAUCAGAUAUCGCGGACACAGCAACGAAUCCAAACGGUACCCGGCGGAAACGUUUUCGGCGAGGUACACGUGCAAGGGCUCGCAGACGUUCCGAUUCCCGCCAUACGCGUCUUCGGAAAGCAUCCGCCGCGGACUUGGCACGCCGCGAAUUCUUCGUUGUAACUUCGCGGAAGACAAUGGAAAGUUGUUGCUCGGACGGGAGGCCACGGAGUCCGCCGGUCUUCGACGCAACUUUUACGAAAAUGUCCAAGACGAUCCGUGCCUUCUGAGAAACGUCGUCACAUUCAUCGAGCCUUCUGCCCGGUUCCAGGAGCAGCAGCCACUUGUCGUGACCACAUCAAAGUCCAAUUUGAAGAUAUUUUGCAACUCAAAGCAGCCAACCAAGCUCGCUUAG